AUGACAUCCCUGAUCUUUGGCUCGAUUUGGCUGGGCCACAAGGGUAUCGUACAGCAUAAACGCGAAAAGCAGCGGCAGAAAAACUAUGAAAGAUGGGAAGGCCUCCGUGACGAGUAUGACGAACAACGGAAAAUAAACAGGGAGUCGAGAUCUCUCGACAUCCAACGCACCGGGUCAGUCGUGGACUAUGACAAACCCAUCUUGACUCUCCGCGAUCAACAAGAAGCGAACGAUGCCCGUACGAGCUGGCGGCCUCAGGAAGCAUGGGAGGAUGUCCCCGAGAGGAGGGCCAGUGUUGAAGUCACAUCUGGUUCGGGCUUGAGACCGCUGCCCACUCAUAAAACGGGGUCCACUUGGGAUGAAGGGUUGCCGCAACCCUUGAGAGUGAGCAGGCGCAAUUGGGACGACUAUCAAACACCGGUGAGCAGGAGCAGCAGUCUCAGAAACGCCAGCGGCCCAGGUACACCUCGUGACGGUAACUCCAGCAAUGCCCCGUCGGUCCACAAACAGUCUCCUCGGCUGGACGCGCCCGCCCCUGCUAGCACCACUGCCUCUCAUGCACAUGCUUCCAGGAGCGCUAGCAUGCCUGCGGAGAUGCUGCAGCAUGAGACCGUUGAACCGAUUGAGCAUGCAACCCCCGGCGGGCGCAUGGCAGAGUUGAUUGAAAUGAGCGUCCCUCAACAGCCAGCGCCGUACACUGGCCAGGCGCCACAAACGUAUGCCUCCUACCAGCCUCAGCCUUACUUGGCACCGGCACCGGCGCCCGUUGCUCGACCCGCCGAUGGAAGUAUGCCGGAAUGGUGGAACAGGUCCUGA